AUGAGAGAAUCCAAUAUCAGCGUAGUAUGGAGUAACAAGGCUUCAGUGACAAUUAACACGGUUCUCUACGACCGUAGAGCACUUGACUGUGAUUCGGAAAUGGCUCUGAUGAACUCGCUGAGUCAUCUAGCUUACUUGACGUCGACAUCACCGAAGAUUCGUGAAAUUCUUACAGUGGACGGCGGUUUAAUGCGUUUGGUCAACAUUCUCCGCAGUGGCCGUGGUCAAUCCUUUACACGCAUGACUAUCUGGCAACUGGCUUUACAAUGUGUGGUAAAUGUCGGAAUUCGGGGCUCUGAAGCCAUUCGCAUGCAAGUUGUCAAGGCCGGCGUUAUUCCCGUGAUUGUCACUCUGCUCGAUGACUUCCUGUCGGCAUUGGAGUUCUUUGUUCCUCAACAUACUCGUCCUUACUCGAGUGCUUUAAACUCUCCUUUAAGCUCUGCACAUUCUUCCGCUCAGAAUUUGGCGCUUCUGAAUGCCAAUUCGCUUGAUAUCUCGGCGGCUCAGAAUGUGGAACGUCUGAGUGAUGGAACCACUAACGGUACCGCUCACACAGCCGACAUGGGCUCUGGCGAUGAGAUGCUACCUAGAGCUGCCACGCCUUUGCGUGACGAAACUGGUCAAGCUGAUACCCCUGCUCAAAUGGUCGAUGAACGUUUGUCUAACACUGUGCUGGACGAAGGUGUGGCUUCAAACAGUGCCCAGGAGACGAAUCCUCCAGCCGAUUCUACGCGGAAUUCGCUCAAUCGUAGCGUUGUGGCGGCAACAGCUGCUCCCGUCGGCGGUGUCGUGAGUGCAGCACCAGCAUCAUCUUUGCCGUCUGAGACUCAACGUCGUUUAACCGAUCAGCAUCUUUUCGCUGCUGUCCAGCAGCAACAAGUUUUUGCGCGUCGUCAUCGGCGUCCGCAGUUUCCCGUAAUUGCAAACUCGUAUACGGAAGCACGUCGUUUGGCUGAGGUACUGUCUGAAGGCAGCGUGCCGUCUUUCCUAGAGGGAUCGGAGAAAAAACUCAAUCGUAUUCCAAGAGAGGAAGACAUUCUUUUUGGCUUGCAACUACUUGCAUACACGAGUAAGAACUAUUUUCAACUUCGUCACUUCUUUGAAGCGUCUCGUGACGUUCCGGCGCUGAGAAUGACGAACACCUACAACACCUCGAAGACUUGGAACACAUUUCAACUAGUAGAGCAGUUUACACUCCAGAUAUAUCCGCCUCAGGUGCAGUACUGGGCUUCUGCAAUCAUGUACAACUACUGUCGAAAGGACGAGAGCAACGGUGGCAUUCGUCGCUGCGCCAAUCUUAUGUGUGAUAAAUGGGAGGAGCAUAAUAGACAGUUUGCUAAGUGCCGUCGUUGCCGUCGCACGAAGUACUGCAGCAAACGUUGUCAGCAUCAAGCGUGGCCUGGACAUCGUCGAUGGUGCAAAGCAAUCGUUAGGGAGAGCCGCUCUUCCAAGACAUCUUCAAAUGCAACCGCGUCUCAGACUACGACUCCAUCUACGAAUCAACAAGCAGCACCUUUGAACACAGAAAUGGACUCGGUGGUGAAUGGCACAGGUACUCCCGCUAGCGUGAAUGCGACCGGUGCAACUGUGUAA